CCGAUAUCAAACUUUUUUCCAGUUUUCACUAGAGUGCGUUCCAUUAAAUUAAUUCAUUUCAAAACUGCGUAAAAAGACAAAUUUGUGAAAAUCGCCCUAAAACACAUCAACAAACGAAUGUUUUUUUACGUAACAAUUUUAAAAUUAAGGCCCUGUAUACAUUAUUCAUAAUGUCAAAUUUCUACAUUUUCACUUACCUUUCUAUGAGCCAAAAAAUACGGCCCCUUUUACAAAACCACAAACACCAAUUUUGCCUGUUUACUCUUGACUGCCAUUAAAACCCAGUUUGUAUAUAUUUUAUGUUUAUAUAACUUUGUAUAUACAUUUUUUUUUUGCCGAUAAGAUACCAGAUUAAAGGUUUGUUUACAUUGGAUAUAAUCACCAACAUUCCAAGAUGAUAAUUAUUGUGGCAUUUUACAACAAAGAUGGUGCGAGGGCACAAACAUCCAUCUACAUUUUCAGCUUUUGUCAUUUCGAUCGUAAGCCUAUUUCUAUUGUCAAUGACGCUAUGGACAUUUUACAGAAAAAUCUCCAGUCACACAUUAUUAAUGGAAAUUCUUUUGGACUAUACAUUUUUUUUGAUUCCUGUAAGCCUUUUGUCACUGCCAACUAUUGCUUUCACUCUUUUGACCAAACACCAUAAGUUGAGCUAUCUUAUAUGGUUAUUCGCCAUUCAAAUAAUCGCUAGCACGUUGCUUAUAACAGCCCUUGUAAUGGGUACAAGCUACAAAUUAAAUUAUUCUAAUGAAACAAGGCAUUUAAUUUCAACAAUACCCACACAAGAAUUGAAUUUCACUUUAACCAAAACAGAUAAUGCAACAAUUGAUUUGAUACAUCAAAAAUUUAAAUGUCAGGGCAUUUUAGGCAACAAACAAUCAAAUGGUUGCCUGAGCAGCAUCCAAGCAGAUGUAGCUUGGCAUAGAAACAUUGCUGUAGCCCUUUGUCAAUUAUUUAUUGUAAUGUUUUUUUUCAAUGCCUCAAAUGUAGCAACCAUUUACACUUCGGACCAUUUCAAAAUGAAAAGAAGCACAACAACAUUGCAAUAAGCUAGAUAUUUAAUAGAUUAUUUUUUUUUACAAUAGAGAUUAAACCUUAUCACAGAUUGUCAUAUAUAUAUAUAUAUAUGAGCUACCAAAUCCUGCCACUGGUGGCAUCUUCCCUCCUGUCAUUAUGAAACACCACAGUAGCAACACUAAUGGAGCACAAGCACAAAGUUAUGGCCCCUAAAAUAAUGUACACAGAAGUAAUAAGCCAAAAAGCAAACAAAUAAAGAUUUUGGUUGCAAUAUUUGCCUGUAGAGGGAUCGUAGUUGGGUUCGUACUCUUUGUACACCCAAACUGAACCUAUGAUGAACCAGCCAAGCAUAAAGCAGUUUAGGAGAGUUUGGGUGGGAGAUUGUCGGAGGUUUUCCUCUAAGCGUUCCUCUUCGGUUUGGCGGACGCGGGCGGAAAGGUGCAGUAGUUGUUUGAGGAUGCCGAAUAUACCU